AUGGAAAAUAUACUAAACGAAGUGUCCAGUUUUAACAGUGUUUCAGACAUUGCAGAGGAUUUUCGGCUUUCAAAUGGAGUACUAGUUCCAAAAGCAGUUGUGGUUUCCAUCGACAUAUUUGGCAUUCAUCGCAAUAAGGACUUUUGGGGACCAGAAGCCAAUAAAUUUAAUCCAGAUAACUUUCUGCCUGAAAAUGUUCUUCAAAGACAACCGGUUGCCUUUAUUCCUUUUUCUAAAGGCAAAAGAAAUUGCAUCGGUUGGAGAUAAGGACUUAUGUCUGUCAAGUCUGCCUUAGUAAAAAUCUACCGAAAUUACAGACAAAGCACAAGAUAUCUCUAUGAGGACCUGGUUUAUCACGAUAAUGUUGCCAUGAAGCUGGCCGAGGACCCAUUAUAGAAAUUUCAUAAACGGGAUUAGAAUUUAUUUUGAUUUUAGUUUGCAUAUUUAGAUUAUAAGUUUUAGUUGUAGAAAAAAAUCAUUUUCAUUGCUUUGUUAUACCGUGGUACCAUGGAAUAUAAUAAUUAGAUAAAUAA